GUGACACUGUCGUAAAACUCCGGGACCACCUCGCCCUGGAACACGGCCGCAACAAGAUUUCUUCAAACAUGUGCAUGAAGAUGGGUGGAUUUCCUGCAGAUGGGAGGUGGUACGGUCACGUGACGAGACUGUAACCAGCUGGGUAAACAUGGCGACUGUCGCUGGAUGUGAAAAUUACAUGUCGCGCCUCUGUCAGUAAACGAUGUUUCUGUCGCGCCGGUGUGCCGCAAUUUAACCCAGGAUCCGGCCCCGCGAGGACACGACGCGUGAAGACGAGCAGGUCAGGAGGAGGAGACAGCUUCACUGAAGCGGCUUUGUAGUUGUUUUUUUCUGUCUCUGAACAGCAUGAGUAGUCUUGAUGCCUACCCGGACCCUGUGACUGGCGCAUAAUAAUUGCUUUAGUUAACAGAGACACUGGCUUGUAUUUUAGUGGAGGGAUCAGAUUUUAUUCAGUCUGACAUAUCAACCACUCUGCUCUGGGGACCAGCUCCUGCAGGGCCACAGAUGAAUUCUGGGCCCACUCUGCUGUGUGACCCUCUUUUUUAAUAUUGCAUGAACCUCCUGAAGUUUUUUUUAUGUCUGGACCCUCCCCAUCUUUGGGCCGCUAGAAUCGACAGGUCCUUUAACCUCACUAACUAAUCACUGCCUGGACAAUGUGCGAGCAGAGUGAUCGACCUGACUGCUCUGAAUGUGGCUGCGCUCUGACAGCUGGGUUAUGACUGUAGGCGGUGCUGCACCGUGUGUUGUGUUUCCCAUGCCUCUCUCGUCGCCACCACUAUGAUAGGCUCACCCGACGUGGUGGCUUUCACUAAAGAGGAUGAGUUUGGCCAGAAUAACCCUGAUCCCUGGUCUAUCCCAGAGGAGUUCUCCAUCCCCCUCCAUCCUCUGGCUGACUCCAACCCCUGGGCCAAAACCUCCUAUGCCAAGUUCACCAAAGACUUCAUCCUCAUCUCUGAGUUCUCUGAGCAGGUGGGCCCCCAGCCGCUCCUCACCAUCCCCGAUGACCCCAAAGUCUGUGGCACUUUCGAUCUCAACUACUUCUCUCUGCGCAUCAUGUCAGUGGACUAUCAGGCCUCCUUCGUGGGGCAUCCACCUGGCAGUGGCUACCCAAGACUCAGCUUUGUGGAGGACUCAAGAGUAGUGCUGGGAGACUCGAAGGAAGGGGCAUUCGCUUACAUCCAUCACCUGACACUUUACGACCUGGAGGCGAGGGGCUUUGUGCGGCCGUUCUGCAUGGCAUAUGUUUCAGCAGAUGAGAGGAAAAUUAUGCUGCAAUUCCAGGAGCUGUCCCUCCGCUUCUCGCAGGCGUCGGAGUGUCUGAAGGCCGGCAACAGGAGAGCCUUCGCCAAGGAACUCCAGAGGAAGCUCCAGGACCUGGAGUACACUCACUCUGUGCUGCAGAGAGAGGAGGGCCUCCAGAGGGAGGCGGGGCCCCAAUGCAUGUACUCCGCCCAUGCUGUAGAGAAAGCCAAUGAGCUUGCUAAUGUGGAAAAGAGCAUCUAUGAACACAGAGACCUGCUGAGACAAAUCAGCUGCUACCAUUGUCGCCCACGCAGAGAUCCCCACGCUGUCACCUGCCAGAAGUGUAUGACGCAGUGCUUAAGCGAGUGCGAAGCGCUGUUGGACAAAUACGCCAAGCUCGCCAACCCCUUCAGUUACACUGACAAAGGAAGGAAGAGGGAAGACGUUCAAAGUCCCACUGACGAUGGAGGAGGUGGCAAGGGAGCGGAGGAGGACGAAGACGAGGGCAUUAAACGCAGGUCGUCUUACACGCCGCAACUGAUCAAAGCUCGGUCUGCCAAGUGCUUCGACAAGCGCCUGAAGACACUGCAAGAGCUGUGUGAUGAGCCUUUCUACGAGGCCACCAUGGAGCUGCUGAAGGAGACCGAGAGGAGUUUCCGGGGCGACCUUUGUUACCUUCACACACGCCGCAUGGACAAGGCUCUACGCAGGAGACAGAGAAUUACCAACUUCCUGUUUGAGGAGGACCUUGGUGAUGAGGAUGAGGAUGAGGGAGGAAUGCUACGACCUUUCUGUGCUGUGAACCAUGAUUUAGACAACUAUACAAUCUUAAAUCCACCUCCCAUUGUGCUAGGGCCAGAACCUGUAGAACUAGACCCGCUGGAGCCCCCAGAUCCUCUAGACCCGGCUUCCGAGACCAGUCAUACUCAGGAGAGUGAACUGGUGCUUGAGGAAGGCAAUUUAGAUUCCUCCCCCUCAGACCAGACUCUGGAGACCCAGGAGAGCUCAGAGGAGACCAAAGGAAGCUUUAGCAGUGAUAAGAGUGGGACGGGUCUGGCAGAAAAGCAGCAAAGUCUUGCUAGUGUGAGGUCUGAACUUCCUGAUCCUGAUUCUGACUUGACCCCUGACGCUGACCACAACACUGACUUGGAGAGGGAGAGCAGCAGUGAAGACAUGGACAUCACCGCAGGGGAGGAUGAGGGUGACAACGGCGGAGACCAGACGCCUGUGUCUUUGCUGGAAGUGGUGUCUGAGCUGGAGGCCAGCAUGGAGGACAACUGUGAGAGACGGAGUGGAAUAGAGUCUGACCUGUUGGUUCCAAUAGACACAGCAUGCUGUAUGGCUCAAGAGGGUUUCCUAUACGAGGCCUCCGCCCCAGAGGCCGCCUCUCAUCUGGACCAAAGCUCCCACCAUCAGUCCUCUCAAACUCUGGUGGUCAACCAGGAGCCCCAGUCCCUUCUUCCCCUCCAGAACGACUACGCCGUGGGUUCUCUGUGCUCAGAAAGCCCCGCGGCUGGCCUGGAGCUGCCUGUGGGACUCCUUGGUGAUGCAGUUUCCCGCACCACAGCAGAGGAUGGGUCAGACUACACCAUGAGUGCUUCUACAGGGUCUGAUCGUGCUGCCUCGCCUCUCGGCUAUGGGGGGGUGGUGACCCUUCGUCAGAGGAAGAGGGCUGGACACGUAGCCCUGAGGUUUGUGCGACAGUACCCCUUUGCCAUACAAGCUCUGUGGUGCCUGCUGAGCGGCAGGACCCUGGUGGUGCUUGGGGCAGAUGAGGGGAGGGUCCGCCGGCUGGUUGCUGCCCUGGCCCUCUUUGUGCCUGGCCCAGGGAAGUGUGGAGAGAGGGUUCAAGCCUGGCUGUCCUGCCCCUUCACCCUGACUGACCUGAAGAGGUGGAAACUCAUUGGUUUGCAAAGAGUGGCGUCCCCUGUGGGUUCCAGUAUGCUUUACUCACUGUCCCGCUACAGUCGCUACAUCUCCAUCCUCGAUGCCGACCAGAAGACCUUGCGCUGUCCGCCGUAUCGCGGCCAACUGCUUGCCAACAUAGCCGACCAUCGCACCUACAUCCGCCGCGGCUCCACCUACUUCCUUCACGUGCAGAGCACCCUCUGCCGCCUGGCUGCCAAGGCCUUCCUGUUUACUUUCACCCACCACCUCCACCUGCCGGUCAGCUCCACGGAGGGGCCCGAGGUUGUUGAGGGCCGCCGCCGCUGCUUUCUGCAGGAGCAGCUGGGGCUUGGUGAGGAGGACAGCCAGAUACUGCUCUACCUCAGCCAGCUCGUCACUCAGCAGUACCUGCAGCCUCCCGCCGGCAACAGUGCAGUAGCACCGUGUUUUAGUUUUAACUACACCACCAGCGUUUUAUACAAAAUCUAAGAUUCUUCUGGGAGGAGGAUUCUCACACACAUUUUAGCAGAAAUGAUCUGCGACCCUUUGGUUUUUAAUGGACCAGAGGCGAUCGUAACAAGGUCUAAAGUAAUUUUAAUUUCAGGAAACUCUGAACCGGUGAUUCAUUUAUCUCUGCCUUGCUGUCUUUUUCUCUGCUCUUGCUGUUUCCUCUGCGUGAAGGGAAAACGAGACGGAGCGAGUUGUGAAUGUCAGCGAGUGGUUUACUUUGGUACAGAGCAUGUUGAAACACUCACUUUUAUCCGUUGGGCCAUUUGUGUGUUUUUCUCCUCCGUUCUACACGCACUGGCUCAUCGGAGGUCAGUCCCACCUUUUCUCUCUGUGUGUGUGUGAGUGCAUUUAAUUUCACAGAAUUCAAUCCAUCACGGCCGUCGUCUGUGUGUCAAAAGGGCCAGCUCACUAGCAGCAUCACAGCUCUGUGUGAACUCCCACCGACCACUGAGCAAUGUUGUCAGCUACGGUGUCAUCCCGGCUACACGUAAACAUGCUUUUGAGGAUUACUGUGAUAUUUUAUGCCUGUGGUGAAGAGAUGUCUCUCUGAUUCUGUCCAUGAAACCUUAUCAGAACCAUGCAGACUUGUUACAGCUGGUUUGUGACAUGCCUCUCUACCUACUACCACAUAACAUCCAAAGGCAAAAACAUAACCAAUGCUCAUAUUACUGUUUCACAUUGGCCAAAAUUUUUCGAUUUGUCUUUCGUGAAUACAUUUGAACAUAUUCCGGCAGUAACAGUUGAAUCUACCGUUUUGUUUUUAAAUAGGGUCACGAUGUUGGAUUUUAAAGGAGUAAAUUUGAGUUUUGAAAGCAUGGAGUUAACAUUCCCAGAGGCUGCUUUCGGUUUGUGGUGCAUGAGGAAGUGUAUUGGCCGUGUGAAUUAGAGCCAGUCGACUACCACGUGAUGUUGCAUGUCCAGAGAAAUAAUGUCAUCUCGCACAUACUCACCCAUGUAUGGCCAGCGGCAGCCAAAACCUGUCAAUAUUCACUGCUGGCGAGCAUUUUCACGGCUAUUACUCACCUGGUCAGGAACAUUUAAAAGCUACUUAACCUAAAUGUAUCGAAUUUCACUGUUGUCUUAAAGUUGUGUGAGAGUGUUGUGGUGUCAGCAUGAGACUGUCUUGUGCCGGGGUGAAACACUGUGUUGAUAAUAUUUCUGUUUCUGUUCUAUUUGGGAGAACUGACUUGGGCAAAAUGCUGAACAGGAGUUGUUGCCGGGAGAGGUGGUGAUGUUGUGUUUGUCUAGAUUUUAUGAAUUUCCUGUGCCAUCAAAAGCAAAAAAUCUGAAGAUUGACCCUUUGUUUGCACAGUUGUUGCCUAUCUUAUGCUGGAUGUGUGCUUUGAACAAAACCCAACAGUUCUAUUAUUUAUUGCUUCAGGACAAAAUCUGCAUUAGGAUCAUUAUUUUGAUUGCACCCAGAUUUUCCUGUGAGGAGUCUGCUGAAGAAAUGCAAAAAGUGGGAAAUCUUUGAAGUUCAGUCUGUGAAAUUGCCCUGAAGCAGUGUCAUUGUUAGUAUUUUAGAUUUUCCUGUUUCUAAUUCUGUGGCGUCCAUGAUGGAGCUUUGAUUCUGUAUCUAGGAUGGUAAAUGUUCUUGUGACUGCAUGGUCAGAGUUUUAAUGUGAAAGGUCAAACAAAUGUGGGAUCAUGGCUGCUUUCCUUCCUGCUAUGAACAAAUUAUUUUUUAGAGGGUUUUUACUUCUAACAGUGCUCACACUCAACAAGCUCACUUUUAUUUCUACCUGAUGUAUUAUUUAAUUUUAAGUGCAGCUUAAUUCUUUUUUUGCAACAGGUGACGUAUUUAUUUUUAACUGCUUGAAUAACACAUGCUGUUCAGACGCUACAAUUUCUUUUUCAGCCUUUGUCCCUCUAAUGCAAAAAGGUGAAUGUAAUUUGAAUAAGCCAUACCACAGUGUGCUUAACAUUUUGUCACUCAGUGUCCUUAUGUUGCCAUAUCAUAUCUCCCUUUUGUAUCUCAUCAUGAGAGGGCACUGUGUUAAGUAUGACUGCGCUGUUGCCAGUUAUUUUAAUAAAGCACGUUGUGAAUGUCC